AUGGACGGCACUGAGAAAUUACCUUUAUUGAUGAUUGGAAAAUCAAGAAAUCCAAGAUGUUUUAAAAAUGUCAAAUCAAAGCCUAUAGAAUACCAUUCUAACACAAAAGCAUGGAUGACGGCGAAUAUUUUUGAAACAUGGCUACUAGAUCUCAAUCGUACAUACCAAAGAAAGAACAGAAAAAUCAUCCUGUUUAUUAAUAACUGCACUGCUCAUAAAUUGAUACCCACUGUGGAAAUUAUCACGGUUGUUUUUUCCCCACCAAACAUGACAUCAGUGGUGCAACCAAUGGAUCAAGGCAUCAUUAAAAAUCUGAAGCAUUUCUACAGAUGUCUAGUCGUUCAACACCUCCUUACUGAAUCUUCCCAUUACUCUCCUCGAUUCUCCAAGAAUGUGUUUAAAUGCAUGGUCCAAAGUCAGCCAAAAAACAAUAGCAAAUUGCUUUCGGAAGGUAGGAUUCAUCAGGAACACUGUCCCUAG